CGCCCUCGGCUCGUGUCUCCAGACUGAGCCCUCGGACUCCAUCUCCAGCGGUUGCCCACUCCGGGCUCCCGCGGCUUUGGCCAAGAAAGAGGUCGGAGAAGGCGGACACAGCAUCGAGGCGGAGACCCAGACCCAGACCCAGACCCAGACCCAGACCCAGACCAGCCGGGCCAGUGUGCAGGGAGGAGUGACCGAGGUUCAGUUUGGACCAAUGAAGAUCCAUCAGGAUCCUAUUCAGGUACUUCUAGUGUUUGCCAAAGAAGAUAGCCAGAGUAACGGGUUCUGGUGGGCUUGUGAUAAGGCCGGCUACAAGUGCAACGCUGCACGGACCCCUGAGGCUGCUCUGGAGUGUUUUUUAGACAAGAAUCACGAGAUCAUCGUCAUUGAUCAUAGACAUUCCAGAUAUUUCGAUGCUGAAGCUCUGUGUCGGUGCAUUAGAGCAACGACUCCUUCAGAAAAUGCUGCAAUCGUCGCUGUUGCAAAACGACCGCAAGGGGAUCAGGAGGAGAGCUCCGUGAUGCCACUGAUGGCUGCAGGCUUCACUCGGCGGUACAUAGAAAACCCCAGCAUUAUUGCCUGCUACAAUGAACUACUGCAGUUGGAGUUUGGGGAAGUGCGUGCACAGUUCAAGCUGAGGGCCUGCAAUUCAAUCUUCACUGCAUUAGAGCAAAGUCAAGAAUUGAUCGAGAUUACGAGCGAAGAUAAUAUUAUUCAGUAUGUGAAUCCUACAUUUGAGACCAUGAUGGGCUACAAGCGAGAUGAGCUGAUGGGUAAAGCCCUAACAGAAGUGCCUAAAAGUGACAAAAAUAAAGCUGAUCUUCUAGACACCAUCAACUCCUGCAUUAAGAUAGGAAAGGAAUGGCAAGGAAUGUACUACGCCAAAAAGAGAAACGGGGACAGCGUCCAACAAAAUGUCAAGAUAACUCCUGUCAUCGGACAAGGAGGGAAAAUUAGACACUAUGUGUCCAUUAAGAGGCCAUAUAACGAAAGCAAGUUAGGUGACCGGGUUCAAGCAGAGUCUCAAACAGACCUCCCCACUUGCAGAUACAAAGACCGAAGGAAAAGUUCCGAUGUCCGAUCCAAUACGUCACGGGGGAGCGACGCGAGCUCCCAGCCAAGGCGAUCCUCCAUUGCCAGAAUACAUUCCAUGACCAUUGAAGCUCCUAUUACAAAGGUAAUAAACAUCAUAAACGCAGCACAAGAGAGCAGCUCAGACCUGGUGGCUGAUGCGUUGGACCGGGUGCUGGAAAUCUUACGGACCACGGAGCUCUAUUCUCCCCAGUUAGGAAACAAGGAUGGACCCCACAUGAGCGACCUUGUGGGUGGGCUGAUGACCGAUGGCAUGAGGAGGCUAAGUGGAAACGAGUACAUCUUCUCGAAAAAUGUUCACUGUCAGUUACAUAAUCCUGCCUCGCUGCUCGACAUCCCACCCAAGAUAUCCCAGUCGAUGGAAAAUGAAGAAGCUUGGGAAUUUGACAUAUUUAAGUUGGAGAGUGUGACAAACAAAAGGCCGCUGCUCUAUCUGGGGCUGAAAACAUUUGGCCGGUUCGGAGUCUGUGAAUUUUUAAACUGUCCCGAAUCAACACUGAGGUCCUGGCUGCAUGUCAUCGAAGCAAACUACCACUCCACCAACUCCUACCACAACUCCACCCACGCCGCAGAUGUGCUGCACGCUACGGCUUAUUUCCUUUGUAAAGAAAGAGUGAAGCAAAGUCUGGACCAGAUGGACGAGGUGGCUGCCCUCAUCGCUGCGACCGUGCAUGACGUAGAUCACCCGGGCAGGACCAACUCCUUCCUGUGCAACGCGGGCAGCGAGCUGGCCUUGCUCUACAACGACACGGCAGUGCUGGAGAGUCACCACUCGGCCCUGGCUUUCCAACUCACCGCCCGCGACGAGAAGUGCAACAUCUUCAAAAACAUGGAGAGGAACGACUAUCGGACUCUCCGUCAGGCCAUCAUCGACAUGGUUCUGGCCACGGAGAUGACGAAGCACUUUGAGCACGUCAACAAGUUUGUCAACAGCAUCAACAAGCCCUUGGCAGCACUGGAGGAGAACCUGUCUGGGAAUGGAAGCAUCGACGGAGAAUCCUCCAGCAGCAUCCUGACCUCUCCUGAGACCCGAAUCCUGAUCAAACGCAUGUUAAUCAAAUGCGCUGAUAUCUCCAAUCCCUGCCGACCACUGGAGCUCUGCAUCGAAUGGGCCGGACGUAUUUCAGAGGAAUACUUUGCUCAGACUGAGGAAGAGACAAAGAAGGGGCUGCCUGUGGUGAUGCCGGUAUUUGAUCGAAACACCUGCAGUAUCCCCAAGUCACAGAUUUCCUUUGUCGAUUAUUUUAUAACCGACAUGUUUGAUGCCUGGGAUGUGUUUGCCGACCUGCCUAACCUGAUGCAGCAACUCGGAAUUAACUUUAAGUAUUGGAAAAGUCUAGACGAAGCAAAGCUAAGGACACUCCGGUUUCCGCCCGAACAGUGACCGGCUGCUGAUUUGUGUUUUUAUUGUCGGAGAGAGCAGCCUCUCGUCUGUUAGACGCUGUUUGUCGGGGUUCCUCGCUUUUGUGGCACAAGCCAAUGCCAGGAAGAGUAGACCUGAACAGAAGGGAUGUUUCUACACGUCAACCCUGCACUCCACUUGACUACACGUCGUGGAAUUAGCUUUUCUGAAGACACACACGCACCUACACAUAACGCACACGCAUAUAUAUAUAUACACACACACACACAUACACACACACGGACUGGGCUUGAUGCUGCAUUCAUCCUGACCCACGACAACAAUGGCUCAGGAUUCAAGAGAAGAGCGAGAGGUGGGUGUGGAUGGGGGGAGAGGAAAGGUCUAACUCACACUCGGCUACUGCAGAAAUCUGCCACACUUUGUUUAAGAAAAAAAUUAUUUGUACCUGUUUUUUUUUUGGGGUUCCUUACACUGUCUGUCCAGAGCAUACUGUGUAUCUGGCAUGCUUCUCUCAAUCUCGCCCUUUUUUUAUGUCUUGAGUCAGAGGCUUUUACAAGGAGCUACGCAAAGAAUCACAAGACUAUCACGGAGGAAAUCUCAGUGCCCAGUGAGAGGCAACAAUACAGAAGGCAACACUCCUUCAAUCCCCCAACACACACCCCCAAGCACUACUGAUCCUGGUUCAUCGAUUGAAGAAGGAAUUUUUAAAAAUAUAUAAAUAUAUAUAUAUAUAUAUAAACAAAAAUCUA